AUGCCGCCCCGGCACCGCGAGAUUCUCGACUCGGAAGAUGAGGAUGAUCUUGUUGUAGCUGCUCCUACCUUGGUGGCGACCAGACCAAGCGGGGAAGACGCGCCUGUCGACACGGAUGUAGAUCAAUCUACUGCUUCUACCGAAGAGCUUCUGCGACGAGCACAAGUCGCUUUGAUGGCGCCCACUCAAGAGGAUGCUCCCGUUGUCAACUUCUCUGACCUUGCUGCCACCUCAGUCGACACCUCACCUUCAAGCACACACAAGAAGCGUCCACUGGAAGAUACACAUCCUCAGUCUCGUUCGUCUGGGAAGCUGAAGCGCAUCAAGAUUGUUUCCAAACCCGCCUCUCAAUAUGAAUCCAGCGAUUCCGUCAACCCGCCUCCCAUCUUGCCUUUUGAUGGUACAAACGACACCAUCCCUGGCCCCACCUUGCCAUCUGCAGCUGGUUUCGACAACGAACAACAGACACCGAAGCCUCGACAGCGCAACUCGUCCCAGCAGCACACAUCUUCAGCCAAUUCGUUGAAUAAUCUGACUCCGUGGUCGGGAACUGCGCUUGGAAGCAGCGAUAGAAUCAAUUCCGAUGAUGCCAUCGGCCUACCCAAGGAACUAUAUGUCCCUAGACCAAGCCGCUCAAGGUCUGCACAGGUCGACACGAGUAGCAUUGACUACGCAAUGGUCGUCGAGAAAGCCGCAAAGAAGGCUCGACCGAGGCGCUCCAUUACAGACUCUGCCGAGCAUGCCACUUCUGCAUCCAUGUUUUCAGAACAUCCUAUUGACAAGGCUCCCGAGUUCGAGAGACUGUCCCCCGACCCCGAAGCACCUCCUAAAAUCUCGACGCACCCUGUAUCGACCGUCUCCGAGUCUGUUCAAGCUCUCUCCUCGUCAAUCAAGUCGACCAAGUCAAACAAGAAAGCCCCUGCGAAACAACCCGCCAAACGUGGACGCCCCAAGAAGAAAGUCGUCGAAGAUGAGGAGGACGAGCUGGCUCAUGAAGAUGAUACUGCGACCACAAACUCCAAAAUACCGGCAUCAGCGUCCAAGCCAGAGGUCCAGGUCGUCAUAGAGCCAAGACCUGACUUGGUAGCCACUGUGCUCGCUCAGCUUAGACAGCACAAAUCGAGAGAACCGACUCCAAAGCCACUCGAGGAUCGAUCGCCGAAGGAUGAUAUGCCUGCACCAUCUCAAGGAAACGGCGAUAAUUCAGUGAAGGCCGAGCCUGUGGCUGAAGCAGAUGAUGAGUCUGAGGAUGAGAUCAUAAUACCUAGGAGUACUGCAAGGACCAAGGCCAACGCCAAAUCCAGACAUAAAGCAAAAUCGAAGACUCCCGAGCCAGUCUACAAGGAAGAUGAUGAGUCAGAGCACGAGAUCUAUGACGAAUAUUCACAGAAUGUUGUGAAACCAAAGGCAAAGAGCAAGGCGAAGCCCAAGGCCAAACCAAAAGCAAAGGGAAAGGCAGCGACGGCUGUUGUUGUGCCGGAUCCACCUUCGGAUCACGAGGAAGACGACCAAGAGCCGCAUGCAGCAGAUGAUGAUGGCGAAUCAGAAGCUGGUCACAUCUCCGAAGCUGAAGAAGAGUCGGAAGAAGAAUCUCCAAAGCCAAAACUAAAGGCGAAAGCAAAGGCAAAGCCAAAACCUGAGCCCAAAUCUAAAGUAACUGCCAAAAGCAAAGCGUCAACUCCGAAACCUGAGCCUGUGGCAUCUAAGUCAUCUCCUCCGGCGCCUGAGAUGGAAACCCCGAAACCUGCCGCUGUUGAGGUUUCCGUUCCAGACGCAGUCGUCACACCUAAGGUCGUCACUAUGAAGAAAGAUGCAAAGUCGUCUGCAAAACCUAGCUGGCAGCAAUCGACGUAUCGUGUGGGCUUGAGCAAGACGCAGCGGAUUCCCUCUUUACUCAAGGUCUUCAAGAGAUAA